GCGGUGCCGAAUGCAGCUGCCGUCGGUGGUUCUCCGAUUCGGGGCGGCGAGGUGCCAGAGUAACAGUCACUUCGCGCAUGCUCACAGUCUCCAGGUGGGCGGUGUUUUCCUUUCCGCUCAGUGCUGAAGCGGAUCUUCUGUGGCAUCGGGAAAGGAUCCUCGCCUCCUGGGUCGGGGAGCUGGGGGUUGGGAUCACUGUCCGCAGGCCGAAGAUAUCAGUUUUCCCAUCGUUAGACCUGCGGUGAGAGAUUUAUUGGAAGAAAAACCCCAACUGGAAGCAAACCACGACUGAAGACGAGGGAACAGCAACAAGUGAACCAGCCCGAGGAUUGAGAGCAUCAGCUGGAGAGAACCCUUCUGACUCGGAGAUUCCAGUGAUUCAGUCAGGAGAAAGUUUGGUUAAAAAUGACAAGGAAUUUGUUUACGUGAAAAUUGAACACAACACGUCGGUUUUGCUGUCUCUGUCCAAAUAUUUAAGAAGUGGAGCAAGGGAUUCACUCGAUCAUCCUUCCUGCUCAGACUGUGGGGAGGGAUUCACUUGGUCAUCAGACCGACUGGCAUUCCCGUCAUUUUACACAGGGGAGAGGCCGUUCACCUGCUCAGACAGUGGGAAUGGAUUCACUCGGUCAUCUCAGCUGAAGGUACAUCAGCAAGUUCACACUGGGACAAGGCCAUUCACCUGUUCUGUGGGUGAGAAGGAAUUCAGUCGGUCUUCCCACCUGUGGACACACCAGUCAGUUCACACUGGGCGGAGGCUGGUCAUCUGCUGAAUUUGUGGGGAAGGAUUCACUCGAUCAUCUGAACUAAUGGCUCACCAGCGAGUUCACACUGGGCAGAGGCCAUUCACCUGCUCAGACUGUGGGAAGGGAUUCACUUGCUCAUCUAAACUGAAGGUUCAUCAGAGAGUUCACACUGGGGAGAGGCCGUUCACCUGCAAAGACUGUGGGAAGGGAUUCACUUCAUCAUCUCACCUGAAGGUUCAUAGGAGAGUUCACGCUGGAGAGAGGCCAUUCACCUGCUUAGACUGUGGGAAAGGAUUCACUUGCUCAUCUAAUCUGAAGGUACAUCAGAGAGUUCACACUGGAGAGAGGCCGUUCAAAUGCUCAGACUGUGGGAAGGAAUUCACUCGAUCAUCAACCCUACAAGCUCACCAGUCAGUUCACACUGGGGAGAGGCCAUUCACCUGCUCAGACUGUGGGAAGGGAUUCACUCAGUCAUCCAACUUACUGGUACACAAGUCAGUUCACACUGGAGAGAGGCCAUUCACCUGUUCAGACUGUGGGAAAGGAUUCACUUGCUCAUCUAAUCUGAAGGUUCAUCAGAGAGUUCACACUGGGGAGAAGCAGUUCACCUGCUUAGACUGCGGGAAGGGAUUCACUCAGUCAUCCAGCCUACUGGUACACAAGUCAGUUCACACUGGGGAGAGGCCAUUCACCUGCUCAGACUGUGGGAAAGGGUUCUCCCGGUUAUCUCAACUGAAGGUACAUCAGAGAGUUCACACUGGGGAGAGGCCAUUCACCUGCUCAGACUGUGGGAAGGGAUUCACUCGGUCAUCUGAACUGAAGGUACAUCAGCGAGUUCACACUGGAGAGAAGCCGUUCACCUGCUCAGACUGUGGGAAGAGAUUCACUCUGUUAUCUCAACUGAAGUUACAUCAGCGAGUUCACACUGGGGAGAGGCCAUUCACCUGCUCAGUCUGUGGGCAGGGAUUCACACAGUUAACUAGCCUACAAGCACACAGGUCAGUUCACACUGGGGAGAGGCCAUUCACCUGCUCAGACUGCGGGAAGGAAUUCAGACGGUUAACUAGCCUACAAGCACACCGGUUAGUUCACACUGGGGAGAGACCGUUCACCUGCUCAGACUGCGGGAAGGGAUUCACUCAGUCAUCCUACCUACUGGUACACAGGUCAGUUCACACUGGGGAGAGACCGUUCACCUGCUCAGACUGCGGGAAGGGAUUCACUCGGUCAUCCUACCUACUGGUACACAGGUCAGUUCACACUGGGGAGAGACCGUUCACCUGCUCAGACUGUGGGAAGAGAUUCACUGAGUCAUCUAAACUGAAGGUACAUCAGCGAAUUCACAUUGGGGAGAGGCCGUUCACCUGCUCAGACUGUGGGAAAGGAUUCACUCAGUCAUCCCACCUGCAAGCUCACCGGUCAGUUCACACCGGGGAGCGGCCGUUCAUCUGCUCAUACUGUGGGAAGGGAUUCACUCAGUCAUCUCAUCUGAAGGUACAUGAGAGAGUUCACACGGGGGAGAGGCCAUUCACCUGCUCAGACUGUGGGAAGGGAUUCACUUGGUCAUCUCAACUACAGAGACACCAGCAAGUUCACACUGGAGGAUUCAUGCGCUACGCUAUUCCUAUUGGUGAGAAGCGAUGUCAAUCACUGCUUCCAACCAAUAGAGGAGCCAGGCCAGCCGAGAGGGCGUUACCUCCGCUGACACCGUCUCCCGAACUUUCCGUCACGGCGGGACAACCGUCAAACCCUGCGAUACAAAGUUCGCCAUCGCCCAAGCACCGACCAAAUGCGCAGGCGUCAGCGUUUGACGUUUCCGAAUAUCACGCAUGCGCGCAAUACACGACUCAGUUAUCUGACCUAAUGGCUCACCAGCGAGUUCACAUCGGGGAGCGGCCGUUCACCUGCUCAGACUGUGGGAAAGGAUUCACUGUGUCAUCUCAGUUACUGAGACACCAGUCAGUUCACACCGGGGAGUGGCCAUUCACCUGCUCAGUGUGUGGGAAGGGAUUCACUCAGUCAUGUAACCUGAAGAUACACCAGCGAGUUCACACUGGAGAGAGGCCAUUCACCUGCUCAGACUGUGGGAAGGGAUUCACUUGCUCAUUUAAUCUUAAGGUACAUCAGCGAGUUCACACUGGGGAGAGGCCAUUCACCUGUUCAGACUGUGGGAAGGAAUUCACUCAGUCAUCUCAACUGAUGGUACAUCGGCGAGUUCACACUGGAGAGAGGCCGUUCACCUGCUCAGACUGUGGGAAGGGAUUCACUGAGUCAUAUCAACUGAAGGUACAUCAGCGAGUUCACUCUGGGGAGAGGCCGUUCACCUGUUCAGACUGUGGGACGGGAUUCACUCAGUCAUCUCAACUGAAGGUACAUCAGCGAAUUCACACUGGGAUGAGGCCGUUCACCUGCUCAGUCUGUGGGGAGGGUUUCACAAAGUCAUCUGCUGUACUGAGACACCAGUCAGUUCACACUGGGGAGAGGCCAUUCACCUGCUCCGUGUGUGGGAAGGGAUUCAUAGAGUCAUUUGAACUGAAGGUACAUCAGCGAGUUCACACUGGGGAGAGGCCAUUCACCUGCUCAGACUGUGGGAAGGGAUUCAUUCAGUCAUCUCAUCUGAAGGCACAUCAGCGAGUUCACACCGGGGAGAGACCGUUCACCUGCUCAGACUGUGGGAAGGGCUUCACUUGCUCACCUCAUCUACUAAGACACCAGUCAGUUCACAUCAGGGAGUGACCAUUCACUGGCUCAGUCUGUGGGAAGGGUUUCAAUUGGUCAUUUCACCUGCUGACACACAAGGAAAUGGCCGUUCACCUGCUCUGUCCGUGGGAAGGGAUUCAUUCAAUCAUCUCAACUGAAGGAACAUCAGCGUGUCCACACUGGGGAGAGGCAGAUCACCUACUGUGAAUGUGGUGAAGGAUUUGUGGUGGACAUGGACUGUGCCUUUAAAUAAGAGAGAGAGAAAAACUGUCUACAGUACUGCUGCCUGCUUCUUGGUUGCCAUGGUGAGAGAUAGGCAGAGUUAUGUGAUGGACAGUUCGAUGUUCACAGUUGCUUCUUGGUUGCCAUGGUGAGAGAGAGGCGGAGUUAUGUGAUGGACAGUUCGAUGUUCACAGU